CCAUGGAGACAGCUCGAGCUCUUGCCCCGAGGUCAGAUCAGCCGGCGCUUCUGUUGCUGCUGCCAUCCUUGGGGGAGAGGACACCCUGGACUGCUUGACAGCCGCCAAGUCUGAUGGGGGAAAACCUUUCUCCGGACCACCACCACCUCCUCAACCAGGGAAAGGAGGAUGAGCUGGAUAUAUUUGGCUACAAGACUAAAGGGUGCCGAAGGGCCCUGUGCAUCGCUGGCUACGUCCUGUCCUGUGGAGUCCUCCUUCUCCUCUUCUACUGGAGGCCCGAGUGGGACGUGUGGGCCAACUGCGUGCCCUGCGACUUGGAAGAUGCCGACGUCGUGCUCUUGCGGACAACGGAUGAGUUUCAGAAAUAUACCAGGAAGAAGGUGAUCCACCUUGAUCUGCAGAGUGUCUUGGACAGUGAAAAGCUGGACCACCUCCUUUUCGGCGCAGACCAGAAUUCCAUCCUCAGCAGGGCCAUCAUGAAGCCUGGAAUGACGGUGAGAUACAUCCAUGUACAAAAAAUCCGUUACGUCUGGGACCUCACGGAAAAGCAGUUCCUGAGAAUUGGGUCGCUGGAGGACUCCAACACUUGCUACGAAAUCCAUCACAAGUUUGGAGACGGGCUGACGAGCAAAGAGAAGGCGCUCAGGAGGUUGGUUUGCGGACCCAACGCCAUUGAAAUUGAAGUCCGCCCCAUCUGGAAAUUGCUCUUUAAAGAGAUCCUGAACCCUUUUUACAUCUUCCAAACCUUCACGCUGACCCUCUGGCUGAUCCAGGGAUACAUCGAGUACUCCAGUGCCAUCAUCAUCCUGUCCGUCAUCUCCAUCGCCCUCACGGUGUACGACCUCCGACAGCAAUCGAUCAAGUUGCACAACCUGGUGAAGGAGCACAACAAGGUGGAAGUCAUGGCCUGGACCAAGAACAAAGGGAGCUGCAAGGUGGAAUCCUGCCAGCUGGUCCCAGGAGAUGUCCUUCUCUUGGAAAGCCAGAAGUUUUCUCUGCCCUGCGAUGCCAUCCUUAUAGAAGGAAGCUGCGUGGUCAACGAGGGGAUGCUCACAGGUGAAAGUGUUCCCGUGACGAAGACCCCCUUGCCCCAAACGGACAACACCAAGCCCUGGAAAGUUCACAGCGUGGAAGACUACCGGCGACAUGUCCUCUUCUGCGGCACAGAGGUCAUCCAGACCAAGCGAGCAGGAAAAGGCCCCGUCAGGGCCGUCGUGCUGCAGACAGGUUUCAACACCGCCAAGGGAGACCUGGUGAGGUCCAUCCUUUACCCAAAGCCCCUGAACUUCCGCCUCUACCGAGAGGCCUUCCGCUUCAUUGUGAGCCUGGCUCUCAUCGGCAUCCUGGGGCUGAUCUACACCAUCGGAGUGUACGUGAGCCGCAAGCAAUCCGCGUCAGCCACGGUGACCAUGGCCCUCCUCCUCCUGACAACCGCGGUCCCUCCAGCCAUUCCGGCUGCCUUGACCACCGGCAUCGUCUACGCCCAGAGGAGGCUGAAGAAGAAGAAGAUCUUCUGCAUCAGCCCUCAGAGGAUCAACAUCUGCGGCCAGAUCAACCUGGUCUGCUUCGACAAGACUGGCACGCUGACAGAGGAUGGCCUGGAUCUCUGGGGCGCCGUCCCCUGCGAAAAGAGGAGCUUCCAGGCUGUGCACAUCUUCUCCAGCGACUGCCCGCUGCCGUGGGGGCCCAUCUGCAGAGCCAUGGCCACCUGCCAUUCCCUGCUGGUCUUGGACGGGAAGAUCCAAGGAGAUCCGCUGGACAUCAAGAUGUUUGAGGGCACCAACUGGAGAAUGGAGGAGUCCAAAGGCAGCGCACAAGUCAGCUGCACCAUUGUGAAGCCAGACGCUAACGCCUCCCAAGUCCCCUUGGAAGGCAUCGCGAUCUUGCACCAGUUUCCCUUCUCCUCCUCUCUGCUGAGGAUGUCUGUCAUCACGCAAGAGAUUGGGAAGGACAUCUACGACCUCUACAUGAAGGGAGCCCCAGAGACAGUGGCCAGCUUUUGCAAAACCAACACCGUCCCAAAGAACUUCCACCAGGAGCUGAAGUGCUUCACGUCUCAAGGCUUCCGUGUCAUUGCGCUGGCUCACAAGGAGCUCCAUCUGAACAGGGGGGUCAACCUGGACAACUUGGAAAGAGACAAGCUGGAGUCCGACCUGACCUUCUUGGGUCUCCUGGUCAUGGAGAAUCGGCUGAAGAUCGAGACCCUGGCUGUCCUGGAAGAACUCAGCUUGGCUCGCAUCCGCAGCGUCAUGGUCACAGGUGACAAUCUUCAGACAGCCAUCACAGUCGCCAAGAACUGUGGGAUGUUCUCCAUUGACAGCAGAGUGAUCCUCGUAGAAGCCAGGGAGCCAGAGGGCUCCAACCGGGCCUCCGUUACCUGGCAGCUGAUGGAGGAGGGACCCAAUACCAACGAAACCCCAACUCCUGACAUCUCCAUUGACAUCUCUAACGCUAGUGGGAAAGACAGCAACUUCCACUUCGCCUUGAACGGGUACACCUAUCACGUCCUCGUGAAACACUUCGGCAGUCUCCUGCCAAAGAUUCUUCUGAACGCAACCGUGUUUGCCAGGAUGUCUCCAGCGCAGAAGUCCAGCCUUGUGGAAGAAUUUCAGAAGCUAGACUACUACGUGGGGAUGUGUGGAGAUGGAGCCAACGACUGUGGGGCCUUGAAGAUGGCUCACGCCGGGAUCUCCCUCUCCGAGCAAGAGGCCUCCGUGGCCUCUCCUUUCACCUCCCAAAUCCCAAACAUCGAGUGUGUGCCGGAACUGAUCAGGGAAGGUCGCGCGGCCCUCGUGUCCUCCUUCUCGGUGAUUAAAUACCUGACCCUGUACGGGAUGAACCAGUUCAUCGGCACUGCUCUGCUGUAUUGGCAACUGCAGAUCUUUGGGAAUAUGCAGUACCUCCUUCAAGAUGUCGCCAUCACCCUCGUCGUGUGCCUAACAAUGAGCCUGACCCACGCCUACCCCAAGCUGGCCCCCUACCGACCCCCCGGGCGGCUCCUCUCCCCGUCGCUCCUGCUCUCCAUCAUCCUCAACGUCCUCUUCACCCUCAUCGUCCAAGUCUUCGCCUUCCUGUAUGUGAAGCAGCAGCCCUGGUACUCUGUUGUGCGCAGCCACAGGGGGUGCCCUACUGCAGACCACCCUGUAUCUCCAGGCAACGGGACGGCCAGCAACGCCACGGCACCGGAGCACUUCGUCCUGAGCUAUGAGGACACCACCCUCUGGGCACUGGUCACCGUCAACUGCAUCAUCGCAGCCUUUGUCUUCUCCAAGGGGAAACCCUUCCGGAAGCCCAUCUACACCAACUAUAUCUUCUCUGGCCUGCUGUGCGUCCAACUUGGAGUCGCCCUUUUCUUUUUCUUCGCUGACCUUGACCCCAUCUACAAAGGGCUGGAGUUACUCUGCACCCCAACCAUCUGGAGGGUUUAUGUGCUGCUGAUGCUGCUGGUGGCAUUUGCCGUCUCGUUCUUCGUGGAGGACGGCAUCCUGCAGAACCACCGCCUCUGGCUGCUGAUCAAGGAGCUGUUCCACUUUCACUCCUCCAGCCAGUACCGGAAGCUGCAGCGGCAGCUGGAGAAGGACGCAAAGUGGCCCCCCAUCCACCAGAAGGACUUUGCAGAAGAGCCCAGGAGUGAAGCUUACAUCAACCCUGCCUAUGACGAGGCGGGCGAAAAGAACUAGCUGGGGGAGGCCGCAGGCUGGCGCAGGAGGACUUGCCCAAAGGGACUUUUUGUGCACAGAGAGACUGAUAGAGACCCACGGGAACCCCCUCUGACUGUGCACACGGAGCCUGCCUUUGUUUAUCCAGCUCAAGGAGGUUUCUCCCCUGCCAAGGGGGGCAUUUUGCUGUUGGCCCUGCCUGAGUGGGGAAAUUUAGGGCCUGGUCCCUGUGCCCACGCAAGGGAAGGAGGGACUCCAGCCUCUUCCACGGGGACCAGGCUGCUCCAGCGGAAGGGUUACACGAGGGAACACUGUCCGCUGUGUGGAAAAUAAAGCCAACUCUGCAUUUUUGCUUUCCCAAAGAGAAUAAAGUGGUUAUUUUUUUCUUUUAUGUGAUUGUUGCCAGCCAUUUAUUUGGAGUUCUGCAACUUGCAAAAAUGUGCCACAAAGUUGGUGCAUCUGUGUGUAUCUGGAGGGCAGGACAAGGUUUGGGGAGUUGGGGAAGGAGAGGGAAGACUUCACUGGCAUUAAGAUGAACGUCAUUGAGUUGCCAGGUUGGAAAGGACCCCAAAAGUCAUCUAGUCCAGCCCCCUGCAAGGCAGGUAUCUCAGCGACAGAAUCCCUGAGAGAUGGCCGUCCAACCUCUGCUUAAAAGCUUGCAAGGAAGGCGAGUUCUCCAUCUCCCAAGGCCAUCCGUUCGCCUCUCAAACAGCGAUCACUGUUUCUGAUGUUGAGUCGGAAUUCCUGAUGUUGAGUCGGAAUCUUCCAUUUUGUAACUUGAAGCCAUGGGUUCAGGUCCUGCCUUCUGGGGCAGCAGGAAACCUUCCAUGGGGCAGCCCUUGAGGCGUCCCCCUUCUCAGUUUCCUCUUCUCUAGGCUUAUCCCAACCCGACUCCCUUGACCGUUCCUCAUAAGGCUUGGGUGCUAGAUGCAAUAAUUCUCUGUCUCACGGGCAGAAAGUUGGUGUUUAAUGUGCUCCUCCUCUGUAUUGCUAAAGGAAUCUGAAGGUCUCAAAUAUAGAAUAAACUUUGAUAAUUGCACAAGGCAAACACACAUCCAUAAGUAUACAAACCACAUGUCUAGAGUAGUGCAGGAUUGCAACCCAAAAGCCAUCUUGGCUCUCCGAAAGAGAGACCCCACGGAGACAUCCGGGGAAGUUCCUGAAGGGAUUUCUCUCCUAGAUCGAGGAACCUCCUUGGCUGAGGUUUGCCCAAUGCAAAUGUUCUGUGUAAACUGGCUGGAACUAGGUGAAACUUGCUAAAUCCUCAGGAAUAUCACCCCUUGGCCUGCCUGAGCCACAGGAACCUGGUGUGUGAUGCAAUUUCUGACUCUCCAGGCCAAAAUGCCAAAGCCAACUGUUAUAAGAAAGAAACAACACCUGUUCCUUUAUCGCUUAUGGGGUACCCAAGAGCCCGUCUAGAGUCCUUACGUAGGUUCUUUAUUGGUAGGAGAAAAUUUAACAGAGGCCAGCCAGAGAAUUUGGAUUUGUUAAACACAAUUGAAAGUCGAUACCAGUGACUGGGGUCAUAAGACAAUGGGUUAAGAUCAGAAAUAUGAUAUUGGGGGAAAACAAGAGAGAACAAGUAAAAAUAUAUUUCUCCCAACCAGCCAGAACAUAGGAAGUCCCCUCAAAAUUUUUAAUGUGGAUCAUUAAAAACUCUCGCAGGAUUAAAAUAAACCUUACGAAUUGACCAAUAUGUCAAAAAAGGAACUGCAAAAAAGGGAAUUAACAAGAAACCCGCAUGAAGGGAGGGGGGGAAGUCAUAGCUCGGCGGAGCAAGGUAAAAGAUGUGAAUAUAAGAUUUUGUAUAAAAGAUUGGUUUUGUUAAUUUGUUGAAUUUGGGAAAUUGGAAUAAAAUGUAUUUAAAAAAAAACAACAAAAAUUUUAAUGUGGAAUGUAUAAUUGUCUUUAUUAUUUGUAUUAUGAUGUGGCAAGAGGAAGAGGCGGCUUCAAGAUCCCCCAGGGAAACCAUCCCACUGAUUUCAGUGUAUUCCCCUCCCAGCCAAGUGGGUCUAGAACUGAAGGCAAAAUGGAGUUGGACUGAAUCUCCUUCCUUGGCUUCUUCCACUUGGCUGUGUCUCCAGCGGCAAAAGCCGAUCCAUUUUGUUCCACAAAAGCCGGUCCAUUUUGCAAUGCCAGACUGUCCAAACCAGGGCCAGAUUUACAUAUAUACGUAAAGCUAAACAAGCUCUAGCUUAGGGCCCCACUCUCUUGGGGACCCCCCAAAAAAUUUUUCAAGGGAAGAAGACAUUUGUAUGUACAUUUCCAAAAUGUAAGAUAAACAACAAAAUAAAUCCUACU